GCGCCGCGCCGUUCCCGCAGAUGCAUCACUGCAGGAGGCUGCGGUGCCCCGAGCAGGACGGCGAGCCGGGGCACCGCUGGAAGCGGCGGCGCUCGCGGAGCCGGGAGGACGAGGCCAGGCUGCGGUACCCGCCCCGCCGGGACCCGGCCCGCAGGUCGCGCUCCAGGAGCCCGGAGCGGAUGCCGUACCCGCGGCGGUGCCGGCGGGACAGCGGUGCCGGCCGGCCGGAGGAGCGCAGCCCGUCGCUGGCCGCGGAGUGGUGCCCGGCGCGGCCGCGGGGCUGGCGGCGCUGCCGCGGCCGGCAGCAGCGGCGGCCCCGCCGGGAGCAGCAGCGCUGCCGCAGGCGCCGCAGCAGGUCGUGGAGCAGCGCCUCCUCGAGGAGCCACCAGAGCAGUAAGCGCAGCAGGAGCGUGGAGGAUGACAAGGAAGGUCACCUGGUGUGCAGGAUCGGCGAUUGGCUUCAGGAGCGAUAUGAGAUCGUGGGCAGCCUCGGCGAGGGCACUUUUGGAAAAGUGGUGGAGUGCGUGGACCACGCCAGAGGCAAAUCCCAGGUGGCUCUGAAAAUCAUCAAGAACGUCGGGAAGUACCGAGAGGCUGCCAGGCUGGAGAUCAACGUCCUGAAGAAAAUCAAAGAGAAGGACAAGGACAACAAGUUCCUGUGCGUCCUCAUGUCGGACUGGUUCAACUUCCACGGCCACAUGUGCAUUGCCUUUGAGCUCCUGGGCAAGAACACCUUCGAGUUCCUGAAGGAGAACAACUUCCAGCCCUACCCCCUGCCGCAGAUCCGGCACAUGGCCUACCAGCUGUGCCACGCCCUGAGAUUUCUGCACGACAACCAGCUGACCCACACUGACCUCAAGCCGGAAAACAUCCUGUUCGUCAACUCGGAUUUUGACACUCUGUACAACGAGAACAAGGUGGGUUGUGUCCAGAAAUCCAUCCGGAACACGAGCAUCCGCGUGGCCGAUUUCGGCAGCGCCACCUUCGACCACGAGCACCACACCACCAUCGUGGCCACCCGGCACUACCGGCCCCCAGAAGUGAUUCUGGAGCUGGGCUGGGCACAGCCGUGUGAUGUCUGGAGCACUGGCUGCAUUCUGUUCGAGUAUUACCGUGGCUUCACGCUCUUCCAGACCCAUGAGAACCGUGAGCACCUUGUCAUGAUGGAAAAAAUCCUGGGGCCGCUCCCGUCUCACAUGGUCCACAAAACUCGGAAGCAAAAAUACUUCCACAAUGGCAGCCUGGUGUGGGACGAGAACACGUCGGACGGCAGAUACGUCCAGGAGAACUGCAAGCCCCUGCGGACGUACAUGCUGCACGACUCGCUGGAGCACGCGCAGCUCUUUGACCUGAUGAGGAGGAUGCUGGAAUUCGACCCCUCGCAGCGCAUCACGUUCUCCGAGGCCCUCCUGCACCCCUUCUUUGCCGGGCUCUCGGCAGAGGAGCGGAUGCUGUGCGGGCGCGGCGCCAGCCGGGACCUCAGCAGAUGACGGCCGGGAUCCCUUGGGAUGCAUCCCUCAGGAUGGAGCCCUCGGGAUGGAUCCCUCGGGAUGGAGCCCUCAGGAUGGAUCCUCAGGAUGGAGCCCUCAAGAUGGAUCCCUCAGGAUGGACUCCUCAAGAUGGAUCCCUCAGGAUGGAUCCCUUGGGAUGGAGCCCUCAAGAUGGAUCCUUCAGGAUGGAGCCCUCAAGA